GAUACAUCCUCCUCAUAAUUAUUUUAAUUAGCAAUUUUUGAAAAAAAACAACAAGCUUAAUUUUCUUUGUGCCGGAAUUUUCCAAUCAACAAAGGUGGUCAACAAGGUGAUCAUUAUCAUCAUCAUCAUCAUCGUAAUCAUGGAUUUUCAAAUGGCUUGGAGAGAAUCGGAGAAAGAAAAAUUAUAAAGAAAAAAAUGACCAAAAACUUUCUCUUUAAUCAAAAAAACGGAUAUGAUGUACGUGGAUAUCUGCACGAUCUUUCCGAUCUAAAUGAUCGUCAAACAUUGGUGAGAUCAAAUGAUGAUGAAAAAUUUGAAAUGGAAUUGAAUCGUGAACGUUUUCGUUAUCUUUGUGAUGAAGAAAAUCAAACCGAUGAUAAAAAAACCGGCAAAGAAACGAAGGGUGAAUAUUCAAAUGUUGGAUUUUCAUAUGAUUCAAAUACUGGUGAUGGAAAAUCUGAUGAUAAUCAAAACCAUAAUGGUGAUGGUGAUGAAGAUAAUGAUAAUGAUUAUCAAAUACCUAAUGGUCUAACCGUACCGGAUAAUAUGCAAUUACCAACAAGUAUGAAAUUACAUCAAAUCAUUGCAAAAACAGCAUCAUUUGUUUCUACACAAGGUUUACAAAUGGAAAUUUUAUUGAAAACUAAACAAGCCGCGAAUUCAAAUUUUGAAUUUCUUUCGAUUGAUUCAAAUCUUCAUCCAUAUUAUAAACAUUUAUUAAUAGAAUUGAAAUCUGGACGUUAUCGAUUUGAUGAUUCCAAUGAACAACAAUCUAAAUCAAACAACAAUGAUACUAACGAUAAUAAUAAUGAUGAUGAUGACGAUGAUGAUAAUGAUGAUGAUGAUGAUAAUUAUCUUCAUCCAAGUUUAUUGGCCAAAACAACAACUACCACACAAACUAUGGAAAAAGUUCAGAUUCCAAGUUUAUUUAUACAGAAUUAUAAUAAUGAACAAGAAUUAGCUUAUUCGAAAUUGGUAAAAAAUUUUAAAGAUAAAUUUGGUGAUGAUAUUGAACCGGAACCUAAUGAGAAAAAAUCUACUGAAAUGCCACCAGUGAUACAAGAUUCUGCUGCCGCUGUUGCUAAUGCUACAAGCAAUAAAUGUCCAUUAAUACCUAAACCAUCGGCUGAUAUUGAAUUAAUAAUCGAUAAACUGGCCGAACAUGUUGCACAGAAUGGUGAAAAUUUUGAAACAUCUAUUCGUGAAUUGAAUAAUCCAAAAUUUGAUUUCCUUAACAAUGGACAUCGUUUUAAUGCACAUUAUGUUCAACGAAAAAUUCAUUUUAUAGCUCGUCAAAAACAAAAAGAACGAAUAGAAAAACAACAUCAAUCUAGAUUGGAAAAAUCAUCAUCACCAUCAACUUCUUCUAUAACGUUUUCGAUGACCGGUAAAAAGAAAGAAGAUUCGAAAAAAUCUCGUCUUGUUGUUGUAACUGAUGAUCAUGUUCGUAAGAAUUUAACCAACGAACCGAACAAUGAUGAUGGUGAUCAAAGCCAUAAUGAUGAUCUAUUAGAAUCGAAACAGGUUGUGAAAAAUGUUUCAGCUCAAGAAAAACGAUUACAAGAAUUUCGUAAAAGAAAAGCUCAAGAAUUUUUAAAAUUUUUACGUAAUCAAAAUCGAUUGGCUGAUAACCCCGUUACAUUUGGACCAUAUCUACCAUCAUCGGCCAAUGUAGAAUUAUCUCCUACAAUUGAAAGGGUUACAUCACCAUUACCACAAAUGCGAGAUUCCAGUGAUUCAGAUGAAUGUGAUCAGAAUCCAGUUGUCGAUAAAACUAAAUCAUCCAUUGAGACCGAUCAAUCACCAUUAAGAAAUUACGAUAUUGUAAUUGAUGAUUGUUCACCACCGAAACGAUAUCGAAGCUCAGAUGAUGAUGAUGAUGAUGAUGAACAUCGGCGGCGAAGAAAAUCACGAUCAAGAUCAUUUUCUUUGGAUAGACGACAUAAACAUUCAAGCCGUCACAAAAUUCGACAUCAUUCAAAACAUUCUCGUAAAAAAUCAAGAUCUCGAUCCAAAUCUCAUGAUUAUCAUCGAUCAUCACAUCAUCAUCAUCAUCGAAGUUCCAACAAAUCUAAACGAAAUCAUCAUCGUUCAUCAUCACAAAAAUCUUCAUCAUUGUCAUCGCGGUCAAGAUCAAGAUCAAGAUCCAAAUCACGAUCACGAUCUAGACGACAUUAUCAUAGAUGAUGAGAAUUUUUAAAAUUUUUUUAAAUAUUGUAAUUCAUUUCGAAGAUUUACUUGAAAAUAAAUAUUUUAUAAAUUCUUU